GAUGUCGGCGGCGGGCACGGGUGCGGGCAGCUGCGGACCCGGACCGGGAGCCGGCUCCGGUGCCUCAAAUCCCAGAAAGUUCAGCGAGAAGAUAGCCUUGCACACUCAGCGACAGGCUGAAGAAACUGCCGCCUUUCGGGAGGUUAUGAUGGACAUCACCUCGACCCGGAUACAAGCCCAGAAAGUGCGUCUGGCCAGAAGCCAGGGUCCCUAUUACGGAGGCUCUCUACCCAAUGUCAACCAAAUCGGGAGAAAUGUGCCUGACCUCCAGGGCACGGUCCACUCAAACCUGGAUUCCAGUCGUUCAACGCGGCAUCAUGGGCUUGUGGAGAGAGUCCAGAGGGACAGGAGGUUCAUGUCCCCAGUCCGCCCUUACAGGAGACAAAUUGAUAGCUCUCCUUACAGCUCUCCAUAUUUGUCUCCGCCCCCAGACCCCAGCUGGAGAAGGAACUGGUCCAGCAACUUCCCCAUGGACAAAAACCAGUCGUUUCGCCUCCCCACUACUGCACUCAACAGAACAAACUCAGACUCUGCCCUGCACACCAGCGUCAUGAACCCAAACACUGUGGAACGCCUCAGCACGGGUCAUUCACUGAACCCCCAAAGCAGACUCAGCGGAAUGGCAGAGGGUGAAGGCCGAAAGAUGUUCCCGUACCCAGUGCCCCCCAUUGAGGAGAACAUACUAGAUGAGGGAAAACUGCUGAAACCGUGGGACACAAAGAAGUUACCGAUGUUGUCCUCUAGACCCAAAUCCUGUGAAGUCCCUGGUAUCAAUAUCUUCCCCUCCCCGGACCAGCAGUGUAGCACCCCGCAUAUCCCAUCGGCCCUGAACACGGGUGGCUCCCUUCCGGACCUAUCCAGCUUACAUUUCCCCUCCCCGCUGCCCACCCCGCUGGACCCAGAGGAACCCGGUUACCCCUCCAUCAGUGGGGGCUGCAGCACGGGCAAUCUGACCAACACCCUCACCCAGCUGGGCAUCAACACAAGUAACGCCUUCCACUCAGCAGGUCUGUCUGCAUCUCUCCAGGGAACUCUGAGCAACUCCUUUCUUCAGUCUUCGCUUAGCAACCCCAACAUCAAAUCAUCUCUCAGCAGCCACUCCUUCAAUACCUCCCUCAGCUCCACCUCCUUGCAUUCCUCGCUUAGCAACCCCUCCCUACAGUCCUCCCUCAGCUCCUCCCCCUCCUUACAUUCUUCCCUUAGCAACCAGUCCCUGCACUCUUCCCUCAGUAACUCCUCCCUCAGCGGUCAGUCCCUCCAGUCAGCAGCCAGUAAUCCUAGCUUCGGCAGUGGGGUGGGAGGGUCUGGCUCUUGCUCCUCCUUCUCCCCUCUCCUGGGCGGCCAGCCACAGACGCAGCUCAGCACAUCGCCCCGGAGGCGGGCUCAGCUCAGCCCGCUCAUCCUGCCCAUAGGCGGAGAGUCCCGCCGUCACCACCCCAAGCAGUUUUCGCCUACGAUCUCUCCCACGCUGUCCUCCAUAACGCAGGGCGUUCCUCUUGACACCAGCAGACUGCCCAUGGACCAGAGGCUGCCUCCUUACCCCUACAGCCAACCCCAGCAGAUGCAGACAGGUCCUCCUGCAUCCCAUCAGCCCCUUCAAAAGGGCAUGGCGUCCUCUCCAGCAGGCCAGGCGAUGCAGCAGCCCCAGGCCUCGCAGCAGUCUAUGUUGCACCAGUCCAACCAUCAGCAUCAGCAGCUGCACCAUCAGCAGCAGCGUAUGCAGCUGCAGCCCCAGGACCUGCAGCUACAGCUUCAGAACAUGCAAAACCUGCAGACCAUGCCGAUGCAGCACGUUCACCGGCCGUCUACGCAGAUGCAGAACCAGACCCAGACGCAGGCGCAGACGUCCCUGGGCCCACAGGGCCAGAACUCCCAGCACAUACAGCAGCACAUACAGGAGCGGGAGCAGGAUUCACAGACGCAGAGUGGCCCAGACCAGCAGCAGCAGAACCUUCCUCCGCUCCAGCAAAUUAGCCACUCGCUAGCCACAGAUCUGGGCCUUUAUAAUGAAACCUCUCUAUUGAACACUCUGCUGGAUGACCCCUAUCUGGGCCUGCAGCUCACAGCCAGGCAGAGUCAUUCCCUCUCCCAACAGUUCAAUGUGGAGUCUCAGGUGGAAGGCCUGUCCUUCAAUCACAACUCAGAGAACAGAUCCCUGCCUAGUAAGGGCCACGAGGACUCCUACCCUGGCGAACAGGGCCCUCUUGACUUCCAGAAUUCAAGCGGCCAGCAACUUCUCAACAACCCGAACCAGAACUAUAGAGGUGGGGACCACCAAAACGUUCCCAACAUCAUUCUGACUGGAGACUCUCCGCCCGGCCUCUCUAAGGAGAUCACCAGUGCCCUGUCAGGAGUUCCAGGGUUUGAGGUGGACACCUUCUCUCUGGAUGACCCCCUGCGGAUGGACCCUUUAGCUCUUGAGGGGCUGGGCAUGCUGGCAGAUGGGGACCUCAUGCUAGCCGACCCCGCCGUGGAAGACUCCUUCCGCUCUGACCGGCUUAAGUGACCUAGGCUGGGGGGAUUUGAGACCUCUGACAGGGUUGGCCAAACGCUUGACUCUUGAGUGGCCAUUGUAGGAUCACUGCAGAAUGGAUUUAAGUGAAUAUUUGAGUCCAUCUGUUGGGAAUAACAAUCAUUCACUUAAGUGAUGGGCCAGUGAAAUGGCUGAAAGAUCCAAAAAUAGGACCAAUACUCCCUUGAUAAAGAAGUUUGGUCUUGUCCAGAUUUUUGUAUGCCAGCACUUAUUCUAAUUGUCCUAGUGUUGCUUGAAAAAUAUUAAGGCAGUAUGGUAUGAAUCUAACUGCAUGUUAUCAAAUGCACUUCAAAUGUUGCAGCAAACAAGAAUUGUGAAGCAUGUGAAGGUGGCUUUAUUUAUGAGUCCACAUUGGGCAAGGUCUGAAGUCUGUAAUCCACUGUGUUCUCUUGACUACUGGCUUCUUUCAUUAAUAAUUGGAUAAAAGGAGAUUCAAAGCAUUGUGGUAGGGCUGGAGGACAAGUCAACAUUUUCCAUUCACCUCAGAAUGGGACUGGACCGUAUGGAGCUCUUCCUAGAUACUCUUCCUGCAAAAAAUGAGUUGGUCUGCAAUGCAUGUUUUCCAGGUUUUCUGCAGU